AUGCGGCUUUGGAGUUGGGUGCUGCACCUGGGGCUGCUGAGCGCCGCGCUGGGCUGCGGGCUGGCGGAGCGUCCCCGCCGGGUCCGGAGAGACCCGCGGGCCGGCCGACCCCCGCGCCCCGCCGCCGGCCCGGCCACCUGCGCCACCCGAGCGGCCCGCGGCCGCCGCGCCUCGCUGCCGCCGCCGCUGCCGCCGCCGGGCGGUGCCUGGGAAGCCGUGCGCGUCCCCCGGCGGCGGCAGCAGCGGGAGGCGAGGGGCGCCGCCGAGGAGCCGAGCCCGCCGAGCCGGGCGCUCUAUUUCAGCGGGCGAGGCGAGCAGCUGCGCCUGCGGGCCGACCUCGAGCUGCCCCGGGACGCGUUCACGCUGCAAGUGUGGCUGCGAGCGGAGGGGGGCCAGAGGUCUCCGGCGGUGAUCACAGGGCUGUAUGACAAAUGUUCUUAUACCUCACGUGACCGAGGAUGGGUCGUGGGCAUUCACACCGUCAGUGACCAAGACAACACAGACCCACGCUACUUUUUCUCCUUGAAGACAGACCGGGCCCGGCAAGUGACCACCAUCAAUGCCCACCGCAGCUACCUCCCAGGCCAGUGGGUAUACCUAGCUGCCACCUACGACGGGCAGUUCAUGAAGCUCUAUGUGAACGGUGCCCAGGUGGCCACCUCUGGGGAGCAAGUGGGUGGCAUAUUCAGCCCACUGACUCAGAAGUGCAAAGUGCUUAUGGUGGGGGGCAAUGCCCUGAAUCACAACUACCGGGGCUACAUCGAGCACUUCAGUCUGUGGAAGGUGGCCAGGACUCAGCGGGAGAUACUGUCGGACAUGGAAACCCAUGGCACCCACACUGCUCUACCUCAGCUCCUCCUCCAAGAGAACUGGGACAAUCUGAAGCAUUCCUGGUCCCCCAUGAAGGAGAGCAGCCGCCCCAAAGUGGAAUUCAGCAAUGCCCACGGCUUUCUGCUGGACACGAGUUUGGAGCCUCCUCUGUGUGGACAGACGUUGUGUGACAACACAGAGGUCAUCACCAGCUACAAUCAGCUCCCGAGUUUCCGCCAGCCCAAGGUGGUGCGCUACCGCGUGGUCAACCUCUACGAUGACAAUCAUGAGAACCCGAUGGUGACCCGUGAGCAGGUGGACUUCCAGCACCAGCAGCUGCUCGAGACCUUCAGGCACUACAACAUCUCCUGGGAGCUGGAGGUGCUGGAGGUGAGCAACUCCUCCCUGCGCCACCGCCUCAUCCUGGCUAACUGUGACGUCAGCAAGAUCGGGGAUGAGAACUGUGACCCCGAGUGCAACCACACGCUGACCGGCCACGAUGGCGGGGAUUGCCGCCGCCUGCGCCACCCCGCUUUCCUGAAGAAGCAGCAGAACGGGGUGUGUGACAUGGACUGCAACUAUGAACGGUUCAACUUUGAUGGCGGAGAGUGCUGUGACCCCGAAAUCACCGAUGUCACUCAGACUUGCUUUGACCCCGACUCUCCACACAGAGCCUACAUGGAUGUUAAUGAGCUAAAGAACAUUCUUCGAUUGGAUGGAUCAACACAUCUCAAUAUUUUCUUUGCAAACUCCUCAGAAGAGGAGUUGGCAGGAGUAGCAACUUGGCCGUGGGACAAGGAGGUCCUAAUGCACUUAGGUGGCAUUGUCUUGAACCCAUCUUUCUAUGGCGUGCCUGGGCACACCCACACCAUGAUCCAUGAGAUUGGUCACAGCCUGGGCCUCUAUCACGUCUUCCGAGGCAUCUCAGAAAUCCAGUCCUGCAGUGACCCCUGCAUGGAGACAGAGCCCUCCUUCGAGACUGGAGACCUCUGCAAUGAUACCAACCCAGUCCCCAAACACAAGUCCUGCGGUGACCCAGAGCCAGGAAAUGACACCUGUGGCUUUCAUAGCUUCUUCGACACUCCUUACAACAACUUCAUGAGCUAUGCAGAUGACGACUGUACAGACUCCUUCACGCCCAAUCAAGUCGCUAGAAUGCACUGUUACCUGGACCUGAUCUACCAGAGCUGGCAGCCCUCCAGGAAACCGGCGCCUGUUCCCCUCGCCCCCCAAGUUGUGGGUCACACAACGGACUCUGUGACACUGGAGUGGUUCCCACCCAUAGAUGGCCAUUUCUUUGAAAGAGAAUUGGGAUCAGCAUGUGAUCUUUGCCUGGAGGGGAGAAUCCUGGUGCAGUAUGCUUUCAAUGCCUCCUCCCCAAUGCCCUGCAGCCCAUCAGGACACUGGAGCCCUCCUGAAGCAGAAGGUCAUCCUGAUGUUGAACAGCCCUGUAAGUCCAAUGUCCGCACCUGGAGCCCAAAUGCAGCUGUCAACCCACACACGGUUCCUCCAGCCUGCCCUGAGCCACAAGGCUGCUACCUGGAGCUGGAAUUCCUCUACCCCUUGGUCCCUGAGUCUCUGACCAUUUGGGUGACCUUUGUCUCCACUGACUGGGACCCCAAUGGAGCUGUCAAUGACAUCAAACUGUUGACUGUCAGUGGGAAGAACAUCUCCCUGGGUCCUCAGAAUGUCUUCUGUGACAUCCCACUAACCAUCAGACUCCAGGACAUGGGUGAGGAGGUGUACGGCAUCCAAAUCUAUACGCUGGAUGAGCACCUGGAGAUUGAUGCUGCCAUGUUGACCUCCCUUGCAGACACCCCACUCUGUCUACAGUGUAAGCCCCUGCAGUAUAAGGUGGUCCGGGACCCUCCUCUCCAAGCAGAUGUGGCUUCCAUCCUACAUCUCAACAGGAAAUUCGUAGACACGGAUCUAAAUCUUGGCGAUGUGUACCAGUAUUGGGUCAUAACUAUUUCAGGAACUGAAGAGAGUCAGCCGUCACCUGCUGUCACAUACAUCCAUGGAAGUGGGUACUGUGGCGAUGGCAUUAUACAGAAAGGCCAGGGUGAAGAAUGUGAUGACAUGAAUAAGAUCAAUGGUGAUGGCUGCUCCCUUUUCUGCCGACAAGAAGUUUCCUUCAAUUGUAUUGAUGAACCCAGCCGGUGCUAUUUCCAUGAUGGUGAUGGGGUAUGUGAGGAAUUUGAACAAAAAACCAGCAUUAAGGACUGUGGUGUCUACACACCCCAGGGAUUCCUGGAUCAAUGGGCAUCCAAUGCUUCAGUAUCUCAUCAAGACCAGCAAUGCCCAGGCUGGGUCAUCAUCGGACAGCCAGCCACAUCCCAGGUGUGUCGAACCAAGGUGAUAGAUCUCAGUGAAGGCAUUUCCCAGCAUGCCUGGUACCCUUGCACCAUCAGCUACCUGUAUUCCCAACUGGCUCCGAACACUUUUUGGCUCCAGGCAUACUUUUCUCAGCCAAUGGUUGCCGCGGCUGUCAUUGUCCACCUGGUGACAGAUGGGACAUAUUAUGGGGACCAAAGGCAGGAGACCAUCAGUGUGCAGCUGCUUGAUACCAAAGAUCAGAGCCACGAUCUAGGCCUCCAUGUCCUGAGCUGCAGGAACAAUCCCCUGAUUAUCCCCGUGGUCCAUGACCUCAGCCAGCCCUUCUACCACAGCCAGGCGGUCCAUGUGAGCUUCAGUUCGCCCCUGGUCGCCAUCUCAGGGGUGGCCCUCCGCUCCUUCGACAACUUUGACCCUGUAACCCUGAGCAGCUGCGAGAGAGGGGAGACCUACAGCCCUGCCGAGCAGAGCUGCGUGCACUUUGCAUGUGAGAACACUGACUGCCCAGAGCUGGCUGUGGAGAAUGCUUCUCUGAAUUGCUCUAGCAGCGACCGCUACCAUAGCACCCAGUGUACUGUGAGCUGCUGGACAGGCUACAUGCUCCAGAUACGGCGGGAUGAUGAGCUGAUCAAGAGCCAGAUGGGACCCAGCGUCACAGUGACCUGUACAGAGGGCAAGUGGAAUAAGCAGGUGGCCUGUGAGCCAGUGGACUGCGGCUUCCCAGACCACCAUCACAUCUACGCCGCCUCCUUCUCCUGUCCCGAGGGCACCACCUUCGGCAGUAAUUGUUCCUUCCAGUGUCGUUAUCCUGCACAACUGAAAGGCAACAACAGCCUCCUGACCUGCAUGGAGGAUGGACUGUGGUCCUUCCCAGAGGCCCUGUGUGACCUCAUGUGCCUCGCUCCACCCCCCGUGCCCAAUGCAGAACUCCAGACACCCCGGUGCAGAGAGAAUAAGCACAAGGUGGGCUCCUUCUGCAAAUACAAAUGCAAACCGGGAUACCAUGUGCCUGGAUCCUCUCGGAAGUCAAAGAAACGGGCCUUCAAGACUCAGUGUACCCAUGAUGGCAGCUGGCAGGAGGCAGCUUGUGUUCCUGUGACCUGUGACCCACCUCCACCAAAAUUCCAUGGGCUCUACCAGUGCACUAAUGGCUUCCAGUUCAACAGCGAGUGUCGGAUCAAGUGUGAAGACAGUGAUGCCUCCCAGGGACACGGGAGCAACAUCAUUCAUUGCCGGAAAGAUGGCACCUGGAGCGGCUCCUUCCAUGUCUGCCAGGAGAUGCAAGGCCAGUGCUCAGUCCCAAACCAGCUCAACAGAAACCUCAAACUGAAGUGCCCUGAUGGCUAUGCCAUAGGGUCCGAGUGUGCCACCUCGUGCUUGGACCGCAACAGUGAGUCCAUCAUCCUGCCAAUGAACAUGACCGUGCGUGACAUCCCCCACUGGCUGAACCCCACGCGGGUGGAGAGAGUUGUCUGCACUGCUGGUCUCAAGUGGUAUCCUCACCCUGCUCUGAUUCACUGUGUCAAAGGCUGUGAGCCCUUCAUGGGAGACAAUUACUGUGAUGCCAUCAACAACCGAGCCUUCUGCAAGUAUGACGGCGGGGAUUGCUGCACCUCCACAGUGAAGACCAAAAAGGUCACCCCAUUCCCUAUGUCCUGUGACCUACAAGGUGACUGUGCUUGUCGGGACCCCCAUGCCCAAGAACACAGCCAGAAAGACCUCCGGGAAUACAGCCAUGGCUAAGGAAGGACAAGGAGUUGUCCAAGAAUUCCCAACGCCAGGACCCACAUCCCUUUGGUAUUGAUUUCACAGUCAGCUGCUCAACGGAAUGGCCUCUCCACACCAGGGAUCCUUAGCGCCCAACCGGUCUGCCUUUAAUUUUACCCAGGAAGGACUCACAGUGGGGCAAAUGAACCAAGUUUCACCAUGCUGAAUGAUGAAAUGGAUUCCCAUCCCAAAGUCUGAGAUGGAUUGCAUAUACAGUAUGCAGUCCCAGAGCCUCCUAAAAUUCUAGUCAUUUGUCACACAACCACAGCAAGAAACAUGUUCUAUAUCAAGAGUGUACCCAUCUGUGGUUAGUACACAUGCAUGCAUACACACCCAUACAAACAUCUGUGUGAGGGCAGUUCUGGAGAUGAGCAGAGAGAGACUGGAAUAAAUUCAAUCUUUUCUUUCCCAAGCUCCUAGCCAACACUAUCCUUGGGAGAAAGAAAGUUGCAGAAACUGCUAACCAAGUGUGGAGAUGUCAAGAUAGUUCACACCCUGAGGCUCAGAAUAUAGCAGGCAUGCACAGUUGUGCAGUCCUCUGGGACUGGACGUGAAAUGGUCUGUGAUCACCUACCUUCUAGGGAACUAGAACCUAGGAAGAGGUAAAGAUGAUAAGGUAUGCAAAGCCUCCACAUAAUUCUGCUACCAUGAGGGAUUUUACCCCAACUCCAGGGUUUGAGGCCAAUCUGAGAAUGGCUUAGGAUUGAAACGUCAAGGUAUUACAUCAGCCCCUUGCUUGAGGCUUGAGGUCAUAAUAUCCCUUUAGGACUUACUUGUUCCCCAAAUCCUGCCUUGGUACCACAUUUGCUGCUACUUUUCCUGCUGCUCUAUCCUAUACAUUGAAUAAUCCAAGAUGGUAGAACUAGGUUAGGAAGAACUCCACACAACCAAACAGUCUGCCUUAAAAGUGACCCACAUUUUUCCACAGCUACUCACGUUUUAGCCCUUCUGCAAGAGAAAAUCCCUCAUGGGUCCACAUAGUGAGAAGUUAAGUUUCCCGUAAGUGGGCCUCUCACCUGGAAAGGAGUUGAGGAACAUCAGAUGCUGGAACCCUCACUGAAAGCCCAGAAUGUCUAAGCCAGCAUUCGAUUUUAUAAACAAGUGGAACGGUGUUAAGUUUCUAUGAUGUUGGAGCCAUCCAGAGACUGUUGAAAUCAUCGAGGCUCUUGGAUUAUUAUCCUUAUCCUAAUCUUCCUAGCCCUUCAGGCUUUGAUCCUGAGAACCUCACUGUUGCUCUCAGGAGAUACAAUUCUGGAAGAGAGAACCAUCUUGUAUAAGAUCAGUAUAGACUGUUCUUGAGAGGGCCAUCGGAAGGAAGCUAAAGAGUUCACAGCCUCAGCCCCAGCAACUCAACAUGGUCAUCAUGUUUUCUAUAUGGUUUUUCCAGCUCCCUUCCGUACCUGUGACAGGACAAUGCCUCCGUACCUGUGACAGUACUCCCCUUCCGUACCUGUGACAGGUCAAUGCUUUUCUCUCUCCCAUGUCUAGCCUCCAAAAGUUAAGUGAAAAUUAGUCAAUUGCACGUGGAAGCCCCCCAUCUCUUUGGGGGUCUCUUUGCUUCUUUUCAGUCAGGUCCCUGUCCACUCCCUUUGAAUUAAUAUGGGAAGAAAUUAAUACAGGACGAAGUGGAGAGAAGGGUUGAGUGUGACAUACUUUCUGAAACCUGAGGCUAGGAAUGGAGGAGAAGGGAAGGUCUAGACUAGUUAUAUCACACAAGGAUGACUGUAAAUCAAGUCAUCUCAAAUCUAGUGAAGACAACCAACAAAAAGAUAGAAAAUACCACACAUGUGUGCAGCCCCUUCUAAUUCCUGCAUCCAAGGCAGGUGUUGUUAUUCCAUCAUAGCCCUU